CAGUUCCAUUCUCUCCACUCUCUAAUCACUAGUAACUAUUCGCUUUCGCUAUCACAAUCUAGGGUUUUAGAAAAUUCCCCCAAAACCCUCAUGGCAGAAGACACCGUGCCGGAAGUCAUCGAUCCCAUCACCGCCGUGGAUAUGGAAGUCGAGAGCGAGCCAACCCUGAAGCGUGCUAGGGAGGAAGAGGAGUCCCACGACCGCCCCGACGACGACGUUUCGAAGAAGCAGAAGCUCGACGAGGAAAAGUCCGUCGAAGAACAACGUUUGGAGAGGGAAACAAUAGAAGAAAAGGAAAAGGAAGCAGAGAAAGAAGAAGAAAAAGAAGAAGAGAAGGAAGCAAGUGGUGCUGUGAACUUGGGACACAAGAGCUUUGGCUCUUCAUCGGAGAUGUUCCAUUACUUCUACAACUUUCUUCAUACCUGGCCUCAAUAUCUUAAUGUUAACAAGUAUGAACAUCUGAUGUUGUUGGAGUUGCUUAAGAACGGCCAUGCAGAGCCUGAUAAGAAGAUUGGUGGAGGGGUUCGUGCUUUCCAAGUACGCAAGCAUCCUACCUUCAAAAGUAGGUGCUUUUUCCUCAUCAGGGAAGAUGAGUCUGUCGAUGAUUUUAGCUUCAGGAAGUGUGUGGAUCAUAUUCUUCCCAUGCCAGAAGAGAUGCAUUUGAAAUCUAAUGCGAACAAGGCGUCCGGAGGUGGCAGUGGGGGUGGAAAGCAUCAUGGGCAUGGAAAGGGUGGCAGAGGGAGGGGUGGGAGAGGAGGUGGGCGUGGGAGAGGAGGAAAGUGGAGAAAUUAAAUACAGUAGUAUCUGCUGGUGUGGGUCGUAUUAUGAUAAAAUGUUUUUUUGUUUAUUUGGCCCUCAUAUUUCAUGUUUCUAGUUAAUUUUUGUUCAGAUUCUGAUGCUAAAGUUAUUUAUAAGUUAUGAAGCUUUUUGGCAAUGCCAUGUUUUGAUUAUGGCCGGAAAUGAAUCGAACCAUGCUGAACGGAUAUGUCUAGUUUGUUUUGACUUAUAAGAAAUAGUUUAUUUUAAA